GGGAAUUUUUGAAGUGUCGAGAUUCACUUAUUCAUCUACCAUCUCCAGAAUGUCAGAUAAAGCUCCUAGCUAUGCCAUCCUUUGGGCAUCGCAAACAGGAAACGCUGAAUGGAUCGCCAAAGCUAUACACAAAGAAGCUCAAUCCCGCGGAUUUACUGGAGAGUGCUUCGUCAUGAAUGAAUUUGAAUUGGCCAACAUGGACAAGACCGGUGUGUUGAUAUUUGUCACCUCCAAUACCGGCGAUGGUGAUCCGCCGGAUAACUCUUCAAAGUUUUGGCGCUUCCUUCGCCGCCAGAAGCAAAAGGAUUAUCUUGCACAGGCUAAGAUAACUGUGCUUGGACUUGGAGACACCAACUACACCAAUUUCAAUAACAGUGCAGUGAGAUUAGAAAAGAAGGUUAAGGAAUUGGGAGCCACGGUAUUCUAUGAAAAGGGUAUGGCCGACGAUGCCGAAGGCUUGGAAAAUGUUGUUGAUCCAUGGAUUGCCAACCUUUGGUCGGUCCUUGCUGAAAUUUGUCAACAGAAAGUAUCGGAAGGUGAUCAAACGGCAGAAAUCACAAAGGGGGUGUCCGAGGUGGAGAUAGCACCAAUGACGGCUGCCGAGAAAGCUGCGCAGGAACCGUUCUCUAUGACUGAACGUCGAUCCACCAUCCCUGAAACAGUUGCACCUUACACCGGCCUUCCCAACUCUCUUGUAAAGGGUACCCAAAUUAACGGCGAUUCAAAACCAGCUGCACCAUUGAGUCAUAAAAUUCAUGUUGAUACCAGUGCUUUGGAAAACGCAACACAGCUUACAGGUUUGCCUCGUGUGCCUGCUGCAUAUAUUAAGCUUGUAAAGGUGGAGAAAAAUGCAGAGAAGCCUCUGACAGAAAAGCUCCCUCGUUUCGUUUACACACCAACCCCCAUCAUUGAAGCAACCGUCAGUAAAGUCUCUUGCAUUUCGAGAAAGGGUGCCUUGAAAAGAACUUUACACCUGGAGCUCGACCUUGGCGAACAUACAGAUUUCCAACCUGGUGAUGCUUUCGGUGUCAUUGCUCCUAACGAUGAAGACCUUGUGCAAGCUAUUUUGACACGAUUGGGUAUCAAGACAGCUGAAGAAGAAAUGCAACAGUUUUCCGUGGAAGGCGAUGAUCUUCCAUCACAUCUCAAGCAUGCGUCAGGUGUCACAUUGAUCGACUUGUUCAGAUACGGUCUUGACCUCACAACUGCUCCAAGAAAGGCGUUAUUGCGCAUGCUUGGAGAAUACACCAGCGAUGCUCAAGAGAAGAACCUACUGAUGUUCUUGUGCAGUAAGCAAGGUUUGGCACAGUUCAAUUCUCUUCGCGAUCAGCAGCCGACUUUGCUUGAUCUUCUCGUCAGCUUCCCAUCCUGCAAUCCUCCCAUCGAGCGUUUGCUCGAUACUUUACCUGCUCAUAUGCCGCGCUAUUACUCCAUCGCCAAUUCGCCACUCGCUCAUCCACACGCCAUCCGAUUUGCUUUCAACAUUGUGCAAUACACCACUCCUGAACCCUAUAAUGUUGCUCGAAAGGGUGUUGCUACGACUUGGCUUGAUAACCUCACCGGACUAGUAGAAGCUGCUACCAGCAGUGAUAAUACUGCCCCUGUUGUCGAGAUCCCCGUAUCUCAGAGAAUUUCCGUUCCAAUCUUCUUCAAGAUUAACAACAAUGGAUUUGUACUGCCCACCGAUACUACCAAACCUCUCCUAUUGAUCGGCCCUGGUACCGGUAUUGCGCCCUUCAUUGGUUUCCUGGAACACCGCGACAAACAACGCCAAAUUAGACGCUCUCUUGGUGGCGUUGGUGCUUUCCCCGACCGCGAUAUUGCUACUGAAUUUGGUGAAAUUCGUGUGUAUUAUGGUUUCCGCGAGCGCUCAAAGGAUUAUCUAUUCGAUGCCGAAUUGAAGGAAUUUGUUGAUCGAGAUGUAAUUACACAUUUGGAGCUAGCUGUCAGUAGAGAAUCAGAGAACAAAGUCUACGUGCAAGAUUUGAUUCGACGUGAUCAGAAAGACCUGUACGACUUUAUUGUCAACAAGGGUGCGUUGAUUUACGUUUGCGGUGACGCAAAGGGAAUGGCGACUGGUGUCCAUGAAGCUUUGGCCAAUAUGUUGGUCGAAAAUGAACAAUUAGAGAAAAUGGAAGCUAUGAAGACGCUGACAAGAUGGAUCACCGAGAAAAAAUACCUUAGAGAUUUGUGGGCAUAAUAUGUUUCUUUAUAAUAUAUCUUUUAACCCAUGUUCACCUUCAAAUAUGGUAUAGUGUUUGAUACAUUAAGCAAAUGCGUGUCUAUUGUCGAUAAUUUUUAUUGUGUAUACGCGGCCGCCUUUUGAAAUUUUAUGUAAAUUUUACUUUUUU